AAAUGCAAGCAAACUGCCCUCUUCUUUUUGAGAUUUUAACCAUGUCUUUAGGGACAGUUGAUUCCUCAGAGAAAAAGAUUGCAACACUGGCCACCAUUUAUGGCAUGAUCCUUCACAGCAGGGAUCCCCUUGCCUCUGGAAUACAGAGAAUGUAUUCAACCUUAGCAAUUCGAUAUCAUGCAGAUAACAAGCUCAUGCAGAGACUCAAUAAAGUCCACAUUACUAUGUCCGAUUCGUCAAAAAGAAAUUUGAUUAAGGAGCUAGGAGGAGCACUUGAAGAAAACUUAAUCAAGGACAUUUGCAGUGGAAAAAAUGGCAAAUUUAAUGGCGAUAAUCUUGACAUAAGGGUCAAUACCAAUGAUAUACGAAUGACCAACAAAGACAAGCAUUACCAUUUCUUUGCUUCAAAUUUUGUAAUGGAUAGAGUGAUACUGGAAAUUUGUGCUGUUCCGGAGGCACCUGCUGAGUUUACACCAGAUGUAGAUAUUGACAUAAAUAACUUUUUUCUUAGUGACACUGAAGUAACAGUUUACAAAGACAGUUUGAAAGUUCUUCUCGGAAGGGUCAUGGCAGAAAAUAUUCCUGCAUUUGAGUGGUUUUCAAAGGUAAUACCUGGACAUAUUCCCCAUCUCUAUCAGGAGGAAAUGGCCAAGCCUUCAAUAAUACAUCCCAUGCCCUUGUCCUUGAACAAUGAGUGUUCAUAUGAAGGUUGUCUCAAAAUACUACAGGAAUAUACUGAAUGGAUUAACAAAUGGUACAGAAAAGCAGGCAGAGCAAGUGAGUUAGAAGGACUCCAAGUUCCUGUAGGUGGGGACCAGUUAACAAGAGUAAGAUUUCAAGGUGCAAAAGCAUUGCGUGCUGGUUGCCACACCAUACAGGAGCGGAUGGAACAACUUAAUCCCAUCAUCAUUGAGUUGUUUCACACUUUACAGGACUUUAUAGAGAAAAUGUGCAAGAAGUUCUUGAAAUUAAACCAAGGGAGAGAUGUGGGAACUUUGGCCAACCUAAAAGUAGAAAUCCAAAGGACAAAUGUAAAUGGAAAUGUGAAAAGUAGAUUUAAGGUAGUGAUUUAUUCAGAUGGAAUUUUUAAAUUUUUACACAUUAGAAAAAUUGUUCUGCUCUGUGAUAAAAUUAUUGAAUCUCCAAUUCAAAGAUAA